CCCCCCCAUCCCCCGCCCGUGAGGGGAGCGUGCAACACUGAGGGGGGUCAGGAAAAGGGAGAAAGAAUGACUAAGACAGAAUUCGCGCGACCAUCGCACAGGCAAGAGCGUAAAAAGCGUCCAAGUCCUGAAGUCAUUUUGUAAGAGAAAAGGCGGAUCACGUUGUCAUGUAGCCUGAUGCCGAGAGAACUGGUGGUGGUCCCAGACCUAAAACUAUCAACCUCAAAGUUUCAUAGGAUUUCUUAUGGAAAGGUAGAGUCCACGAUGGUAAUCCUUCAUAUGAAGAAACCGGGGGUCUACGCCAGUCUAGUUUUUCUAAUCGCCGGAGGUUUAUUAGUAAUCAAGAUGCUUGGAAAUGACGAUUUUGCCACUGCUUACGGGAAGGCGAACGAGACUGAAGUUGUGAGAGAGGAAGGGAAGCUGGUCGAAUCUUCUGUUCAUGACAAUGAUUAUCUAAGGAUAGAUAAGAACGACCAGAGAACGACAUUCAGGCAGUUCGACUCUGAUCGCGUCUACCAGAUCGAGGGAGUUCCCGAGAGAAGCCUCACGCCCCAGGAGCAGGAGGGCUUCAGUUCCGUCAGGGAGGUGGCUUCGGCCUACCUCAAAGCUCAGAUGAAAGAGGGGACCUUUGUAGGUGGAGGAUAUAGGUGGCUCCCAGACAGAGUCGAGUAUGACCUCUCGUUCAAGGAUUACUCGAAGGGGGUCACGAACAAGGUCACCUUGUUUCAGAUGCUUGAACAACCAAAGGUCAUAAGGAGAUCUGAAAGUCACGAUACUUCAGUGGUGAACAUAAUCCUCACCCUCCAAGGGCGACUCGGUAAAUACGCCAUUUUCCUGAACCAUCUCGUCAAGGUGAUCCUUCCAGUGGACCAACACAUAACACUGACAGUCGUCUACUUCUCAGACGACGCAACGAAAAAGGCGGAAAACAUGACUCGCCUGGCUCUCGCCCCCUUCCCGUCGACGAAGUGGGUCUUCGUCCCCGUCGAAAGAGGGACAUUCUCUCGAGGCCGAGGUCUCCACAUGGGAGCCCAGUCGGUCAAGUAUUCGACGCCCCCGGAUUCUCCGAAGAUCGUCUUCUUCUGCGACGUCGACGUUCUGAUGCAGCCCGAGUUCUUCGGGCGUUGCCGUAGCAACGCGAUCUUGGGGCGCCAAGUGGUUUACUAUCCCGUCCUGUUCUCACAAUACAACCCGCGUCUGGUGUACCAGCUGCACGAGCAGAGCAUCCCAAACAUCGAGGCCCAGCUCACUAUCAACGAACAAGCAGGAUUCUGGCGACAAUUCGGCUUCGGGAUGGCUUGCGUGUAUACCUCUGACUACGAAACCGCCGGCGGUUUCCCUGACAUGAAUACCUGGGGCGGGGAAGACGUGGUUUUGUACGAGAAGUUUCUUAGCCUGGAUCACAUCAAGGUACUUCGAUCUCCAGAUCCUGGUCUUUUCCACAUAUACCAUCGUAAGGAAUGUAUAGACACAGGAAGCUCUACCUACGUAGAUUGUCUGCGGUCAAAAUCAUUGACGGAGGGCUCCCAGAUGCAGCUCGGCCUCACUCUCAUGAAGGUCCAGGAAGGCGUUGACGUUGAAGGCAUUUUAUCGAAAAGGUUCUACUACUUCUGGCUGAUACCUUACCUAGCGGCCUUUCUUUCCCUGUCUCUUGUCGCCAACAUUCUUCUAGCGGCUGCCUUACACAGAAGAGAUCAGUUCUCCAGAUUCAUCAGUAAACACAGAAGAGCGUAAUGCAAGGAAGGCAUCAGUGCUAUGGAACUCUAGUGUGAAUUCAUCUGGCUGUGACUUCAGUCUGGCUGUCGAGUCACUGUUCCAGCCUUUUGAUUUUACGAACAGAAGGGAUGUUUCUUACGGGUCUUUAAGGAUUUGGAAGUAUAGUUCCUUGAUUGGACUGCUUUGUACAAGUUCUAAGUAAAUAUGUGAACGGGUUGCAGAAGAUUAGGUCUUAAUGGAAGUGAACCACAAUUCUUAUUACAACAAUUGAAAGGAACAUAGUUUGAAUGAAGUGUUAAAAGGAAUCGUAAGCAGAUUAAAAAAAGGUAACUGAGAAUGAAACUAAGAAACUAAUUUUAUUUCCAGGAUAUUUCUGGUAUGAAGCUGACUGAAAUUCAGUCAAUAUUUGUAAUUUCUUGUCAAUGUUCUCAAGGGCUUGGCCCCAUCACUUAUUUAUACAAUUAAAUGAAAAUAUAUUUUCUCAUCUUG